GACUUUGUACAUCACUAAGAGAAGAAUAUUGUCAUAAAAAAUUCUAAGUGUUUUACAUAUUAUUUUGCUAAUUGAUUUCUGUUUUUUACAGUAACAUAAUUUAAUCCAUACAAAAUGAAUAGAAUAUUCGGUAGAGGUAAACCUAAAGAACCAGGUCCUAGUAUUACGGAUUGCAUCAGUAAUGUUGACAGCCGGGCAGACAAUAUUGAACAAAAGGUUCAAAAAUUGGAAGCAGAGCUUCGAAAGUAUAAAGAUCAGAUGAAUAAGAUGCGAGAGGGACCGGCUAAGAAUUCAGUGAAGCAGAAGGCAAUGAGAGUUUUAAAACAAAAGAAAAUGUAUGAACAGCAAUUGGAAAAUUUGAGAGCUCAGUCUUUUAAUAUGGAACAAGCAAACUAUGCCACACAAACCCUAAAGGAUACACAUGCCACUGUAGCAGCCAUGAAAGAUGGUGUCACACAGAUGAAAAAGGAGUUUAAGAAAAUUAAUAUUGAUUCAAUUGAGGAUGUGAAUGAUGAAUUAGCAGACAUGUUGGAGCAAGCAGAUGAAGUGCAAGAGGCACUCGGCAGACAGUAUGGCAUGCCUGAAAUCGAUGAUGAUGAACUUGCUGCAGAAUUGGAUGCGUUAGGUGACGAGAUAGCGUUAGACGACGAUGCGUCAUACUUGGACGAUGUGGUGAAGGCGCCAGCGGCUCCGGACAAGGAGCCGGGCGCGGACAGCGUACGGACACGGGACGGUGUGCCCGUAGAUGAAUUCGGCCUCCCACUUGUCCCCAGCCCUGCCCAGCCGUCGCGCUGAUCUCGCCUCCAACCCACCAGAUAAAGGGAUCGUAGGCUUGUUUUUCGAGUAAGUUAUAAAAUAUAUUGCCUUUCCAUUCUUUUAUUUUGCUUUUAACUGCUGUUUCUUAAUUAUCUUUUAAAAAUUUGUUUACUGUAUUAAGAUGUGUGAUAUUAUUGAUAAACAGAAUAUACUUAAAUAAGUUGGUAAUCAGAAUUUUUUUAAUACUUCGUAUAUUUAGUGGGAUAAUUUGAAAUAGAUUUAAAAUAAAUAGUAAAAGAAUCCUGACAUUGGUAAGGUAUACUUAUAUUAAAAUGCCCCACAAUGAAACUGUUCAAAGUCCUGUAAUUGUGGGAACUGCUAUGAGAGUUAAAUACAUUUAUUAUUAAAAAAAAAAUCUACACAUUUUCAAGACUCAAGAAACUAGGAAGUUUAUAGCAACUGUGAAAAGAAAAUAUAAGAAUGGAAAGGAAUAUGAUCACGUGAUACUUGUACGAUAUGAAGGUUGUUUUUAAAGCUGUCACGUUGUAAACGCAUUGUGAUAUUAUAAGCACAAAAUCUAGAUCUUCAUUAAAGAAGUAACUCGAAUUGAAGAGUUUUUUUUUUCACUUAAAAAUAUUGUACUUAUAAUAUCAUGAUAUGAAGUUAUUAUGAAUUCGAUAGAAAGCUAUUAAGCUCAAACAAAUGACUUUUUGUACAAUUCGUGCAUUGAUUUAAGAGAGCAACGGUUCGCAGUUUUUUUUUUUUUUUCAAAUUAUAAGAAUUAACUUUGUGUCCAUAUGUUUCAAAAUAUUUAUAUACUUUUACUUUUUUAUCAUACAAGUUAUUUUUUUUAUUGCUCUCCUGAUCAGUUGUUGAUAUAAUAUUUUCAAUGUCAUUGUUUGCGUAACCAUUAAACGCUCCUAUAUAAAAUAAUGUAAGUAUUGAUUUAUAACCAGUUAAAAGUUUUAUUAGGUUGCCUUUUUAUUUUAAAUUUUAAUUUUUUAUAGGAAGAAGUAUAAAAGGAAAUAGAAUUAGACUAUAAUAUAUAAACAACUGACAUAGUAAUUUUAGCCACCUUUUAAUUAAUAAAAAUACCCAAUGAUGAUCUGUAAUGUAUUAAUUUAGAUUCAUGUACAGCAGGGUUAAUAACCGGACAGGGGUAGGUGUAAUCACCUCGCCCCAUCCCCCGUUUGAUUUACCAUAUUCGCCUUGUCUAGUACUCAUUAUUUUUGUGUCAAAUUCGAAUACUUAUCAUUAUUUUCUUAAGCAUAAAGGUCAAAUUUAAAUAGCUGUUGUUCGCGAUCUAAAUGCUAAGAGAAGAAACUGAAUUCAACAAUAUUGUUAAUUAUAUUCUAAAUUGCACAUAGUAAUAUAAUUAUUAAGAGAAUUUAUUAAAAAUAAAAAUAAAAUAUAUAUUUUGAAGUAACAGACUUCAUAAACUAAAAAUAAUUCUGAUUCACACAAAAAAGAAGAAUAGAAAUCGAUUUAUUCUCUGAAAGUUGUGAGACGCAAUGGCUUCUAAGACAUUAUAAUAUUAAUUAUAUAAUUUUCAGUUGGGAAAUAUACCUGUUUCACAUACAUGGUUAGCCGAAAAGGGUAAAUAUAAUAAAAUUGAUCCUCAGUGACUAUUGACUUAAUGGAAUUGAAAUCAAAUCGACAUUGCAUUGAAUAGAUGUAACAUAAACUCCCAUGUAAUUGCUUUCUUUUUUUUUAAAUAUUUGUAUGCAAAUCUAAUGAAUCAUACACUUACAACUUAGAGAAAGCUAUUUCAUGAAUACUAUCUUUGGUUAUGAUUACAUACAAUUACCCUUGUAGAGGAGCCUAGUAUAUAUUUAUUUGCCACAUUGCUACAAUAUGCCAUAUCAGUUUUGGCUUAAAAAUGUAAGUAUUAAUUGAAAUUAAUGUUAAUUCUGAAAUGUCAUUAAUUAUUUUGGAGAUAUGUUUAAAGAAUGAUAUUUCAGAGUCUAUUUCACUGUAUGUUUUAUAUUCUGAAGUCUUUGUUGCUUUGUCUGUUAUUAUGUAAAUGUAUCUGUAAUCUAUUCUUAAAUUAAUAAAUUUAAGUUUGUAUAAAUA